UUUGACUCAACUAUUGCUCGGCGUCAGGUCAAUAGGACGCUCUGGUUGUUGUGACUCUUCCUGGCCGUCUUUCAAGACAUUCAACAAAUCCAUUGAAAGAUAAAAUGGAAAAAGGUAACGGACCUCCUCCAGAUACCGAGGGUACUUCGGAAAUUCCAGAUAUCCCAGCGCCACCGUAUCCUGGCCCGCCUUUGGACCCCAGUGUGCUCACCAGUCAGCCUGUUGGUCAUCCUGCUGCUCAGAAUGAUGUUCAAUACGACAACCGGCCAGUGUCCAAGUCUGUUCGUCAGGAACAUUCCCAGGCUGUUAAUCAGCAGAAUCCUCAGCCUAUUGCUCAGCCUGUUGGUCAGCAAAGCGAACAGCCAACCUCUUCACUCCAGGUGAAUAUUGUUGAGCACCAACCUGGAGUUCAGCAAUACCCCCAACCUGGAGCUCAACAAAACCCCCAACCUGGAGUUCAGCAAUAUCCCCAACCUGGAGUUCAGCAAUAUCCCCAACCUGGAGUUCAGCAAUAUCCCCAACCUGGAGCUCAGCAAUAUCCCCAACCUGGAGUUCAGCAAUAUCCCCAACCUGGAGUUCAGCAAUAUCCCCAACCUGGAGUUCAGCAAUAUCCCCAACCUGCUCAGCAACUAGUUGUGCAGUAUGUUGCCACAACACAACAAAAUCUUCACUCAGGUAACCAUGUGUUGUUGGUGCAGCACAUGCCCACUGACGUUGCUGGAAGUAUGCUUUGUCCGCAUUGCAAGAACAAUGUUGUGACCUCCAUCGAAUACAAAGUGGGCCUGCUAACCUGGAUCAUUUUUGGAGUGCUGUUGCUUUUCUGCUGGCCGUGCAGUUGUAUCCCCUUCUGCGUGAAUUCCUGCAAGGAUGUGCAGCAUUCCUGCCCAGAGUGUAACAACGUCCUGUACCUCUACAAGCGGAGGUGAAAUCCAUUAGUGCCUGACACGCGUGCUGGACAUCCAUUAAGAAGGACUGUAAAUACAUUUAUUAAGUUUUUCUCAUGUCUUUUAUCAAGCUGUUAAAACGUGACAUGAACUUAUACUGCUUCACUCUGAAUUAUGUUUCAUUGCUAAAAGGUUAUUUUUAUAACUGGGUACGACCAUUUAACUCAAGAGCAGGAGAAAUUGUGUUUUCUCUGACAAUAAAAGCUGCAAUAGGAAACUUAAAGAAAUGAGUUUGACACUUUAAAAACUGUCACUAUGUUGUCACAGUUUAAUGUACCACGGGGUGUUGUCGUCUCUAGAAAUAACCAAUCAGAGCCAGGAGGAGGGUGGUAGCGCUGUCCAUCAUGCUUGUGUACAGGAUGCAUGGUGUGAGCCUUGCUAACAAGGGAAAAACAACUUACAGCUACAGGAAAGCUAAUUAUCUGUCGACAUCUUUGGCUUUGCUAAACAGCCUGAGCUUUUAUGACAGGCUCUGCUGGCAGUGAGAAGCUGAAGUGUGGCAGAGAGUAAGAGGGAGGCUGUGUGCGAACAGAGGUAUGAUUGACAGCGCUAACCUCCUCCUUCUAGCUCUGAUUGGUUGUUUCUGACAGACAGUGUAUUUCUGCAUGACAGUGGGACCACAGGCAGGAGGCCAUGCUCUACUAUCACAACAUAGUGACAAUUUUACAAAUUUGUAAAAAAAACAUUUUUUUGAUGAAAGUUACAUUACAUAAAGCAGAUUUAAAUGUGAAAGUAAAACUGUGCUCAUCAUCAUGUUAUUGAAUAUCUCCAUAGUAGACGGCUUUUGUUGAAAUAUUGAUGUUUUAUUGAAACCCUGAAAGAAGGUUUUUUUAUUUACCUCUGCAUAUACGAACAAAUUAUUUUAUAAUUUUACAACUGGAGCAUUAGCCAAUGUGUUAAACAUAUCAAAAGAUAUUUAAAACCUAAUAAAAAAAAAGAUUUGCAUGAAUGUAUGUUUUUAAUAAAAUGUAAUAUGCUCAAAUCUUUUGCUUACAUUUACUUAGUGAUUAUUGCUCAACACUAUGCAUGUAAAUAGUAAAUAAUCAUGAUUAAAUCAAAUUCCAAAUUUCAAGAUGUAAUUUUGACUUUUUAGACCAAACAUGCUCAUUUAAAAUUCUGUUUUAUAUUUUAUGCGUUGAUUUAGGUCAGGAUGUAAUUUUGUUUUCGAUAGUAGAUUUCUUUGACUGUAAAUAGCACAUUUUACAAUUGUUCAAAAAAACUUAAAUGAAUCUCAUUCCAUGUAAAA